CAGAUCUUGAUCUCAGAUGCGGUGACGCGUUCUCAUAGUAACGCGUGGCGUUGUUCAGAUUCAGCUUCACCGGAAGCUGAACGAAAACCUUGCCAACUUGACCAUGACGGCUACACGAGAGAAACUAGUGGUCGCACAUUUCAUGGUCGGAAACACAUACCCGUAUACCGUACACGACUGGAUCGAGGACAUCACGCUCGCUGGUCGCAACGGUGUCGACGGUUUUGCCCUCAACAUCGGGAAGGAAGACUGGCAGAUAUCGCGCGUUGCAGACUGCUAUGAAGCGACAACUCAAGCCAGUAUAUUGCGCCCCUUCAAGCUCUUCCUCAGUCUCGAUAUGACCUCCAUCUCUGGUGCAACCGCCGAUGACGCCCACCUGAUCCGCGACUAUGUUUCGCGUUUUUCCGACCACCCAAGUCAGCUGCGGUAUCAUGGAAAGGUGCUCUUAUCGACGUUCUCCGGGGAGAACAGCUUAUUCGGUCAAGAAGACUUGGACAGAGCCUGGUCGUUCGUCAGGGAAAGCCUAGAACCCACAGCCGGUGAAAUACAUUUUGUCCCGGCCUUCUUCAUCGACCCGGCACGGUACGGGGCUAUAUCUUCCCUGGACGGUAUCUUCAACUGGAACGGAGGCUGGCCUAUGCAUUUGACUCCUCGAUCAUCUCGCCAUGAGAUUCAUAUGCCAAAGCUAGACGGCGACCUUGCCCAUCUCAAGCGCCUCGGAGGGCGAACGUUCAUGGCCGCGGUUUCGCCGUGGUUCUUCACGCAUUAUGGGCCUGACUCGUGGAACAAGAACUGGAUAUAUCGCGGAGACGACUGGUUGUUCGUCCGGAGGUGGGAGCAGCUCAUCGCCAUGCGUGACCAGAUCGACAUUGUGCAGAUUGUGUCUUUCAACGACUAUGGCGAGUCGCACUACGUAGGGCCCAUCAAAGGAGCGCAGCCCAACUCGCAAGCAUGGGUCGACGGCUUCCCGCACGAGCCGUGGCUGCACCUCAACAAGUACUACGCCCGUGCGUUCAAAGAGGGCGUGUAUCCUGCCAUCGAGGUGGACACCAUCUACAUGUGGGCACGGCCACAUCUCAAGGACGCUGUGACGAACGACCCCGUUCCGCGGCCACGAAAUUGGGAGCUCACCGACGACAUGAUCUGGAUAGUCAUCUUCGCCGUUGCCCCAGCGGUGGUCACGAUAGUUUCGUCGGAAGGCGGAAUGGACGCCCAGUUCGUCGACGUGCCCGCGGGCGUGACGAAGCUGUCUCACCCAGUGGACCCACGCGGUCACAUGGCAGCAGCGAUGGAGAGAAAUGGCGUCCUCGUCGCGCUGUGCUGUCCUGAGCGGGAUGGGUUCCGAUUCCAGGAACGGCCGGAGGUGUACAACUUUAACGUGUACUGUGCGAUGUCUAAGCCUCGUUGACGGGCUUCUGAAUCACGUCCGAAGGAUGGGGCUAUGCCACAUCUCUGCAUCCGUGCUCAGUGAAGGAUUCGCCUA